GGCAAGGUCACUAAAAUUACUAGGUUCGCUCACUCUGUGGCAAAAUUGCGGAGAGGAAUCGAGCUCUGAAGUAACCACUAGACCCAUAAUACUCCUCCGGCCCUUGUUUCUGGACGUUCUGAAAUUAUUGUUUAUCUUUCUACAUGAAAUCAACACUUUAAGAAGAAAAGAUGCCACAGAACAAGCUGGUUGAAGAAUAUGGAGCAGAACUUGGCUAUACUUUGAGUUACUGCGAGAAGGAUCGCGACGACUGGAGACGGAUAGCGAAGGAGGCCUUAUAUUGGACAUUGACCUAUGUGUGGGCCAGAUAAGGAACGUGAGUUUUGGCAUUGUCAAAACUCAACCCCUGUAUGGAGUUCAAACAACUAAUUAAGAGAAGAAGUGGUAACAAACUUUUAUAUUGGACUAAUAUGGAUAUGAUGUUCGAAGCUUACCUUGCACAUGAGUCAGGUCAUCUAGAAGAUGAUAUUCCUCAGACAAGAGAGCCCGUAUGGAUUCUCGGCAAAAGAUACAUUGCUAUGCAUGAUUUUGAAGCUAUUCGAAGGGAUAUAAAAUCCAGAUUAUGGUUUUCAUAUAGAAAAGGAUUUGUCGCUAUUGGAGAUUCUAGUUACACUACUGAUAAAGGAUGGGGAUGCAUGUUGCGUUGUGGACAAAUGCUUAUUGCUCAGGCAUUGAUAAAUUUACACCUAGGCCGGGAUUGGGAAUGGACACCAUCUUGUCACGAUGUUCGUUAUUUGAAAUUACUUAAAAUGUUUGAAGAUCGUCGAUCAUCUCCAUAUUCCAUACAUCAAAUUGCACUUAUGGGUGCAUCUGAAGGAAAACAAGUAGGAGAUUGGUUUGGACCAAACACUGUUGCUCAAGUCCUAAAAAAAUUGUCUGUAUAUGAUGAAUGGAGUAAUUUGGCAGUUCAUGUUGCUCUUGAUAACACUAUUGUUGUUAAUGAAAUACGCAACUUAUGUAUCCAAGAAAGAAGGGGAAGAGAAUGGAAACCUUUAGCUCUAAUUAUUCCUCUGAGACUAGGAAUUAAUGAAAUAAAUGCUGUGUACAUUAAUAGCUUGAAGACUUGCUUCACAAUGCGACAAAGCAUUGGUGUGAUUGGAGGAAAACCGAACCACGCUCUCUAUUUCAUUGGCUGUGUUGGAAAUGAUGUGAUAUUUCUUGAUCCACACACUACUCAAAAUGUAGGCUUUGUUGAAAGAAAAGAAAUGGAACAUGAACGCAAAAUAGAUGCUUCUUACCACCUUUCCCAAGCUUCACGGAGUCAUAUUCUUCAUAUGGAUCCUUCUAUUGCUGUUGGAUUUUUCUGCAAAACUGAAAAUGAUUUUGAUUCUCUUUGUCAUGAUAUAAAGGAAAGAUUUAUGUUAGAAAAGCAACCUCUAUUUGAAUUGGUUGAAAACAGACAUGUUCAUAAAGGUCAACGAAACAGACAAUUCGAUGAUUCAGAUGAAGACUUUGAACUCCUGGGAUAAUUUCCAUUUAUCCUUGUAAAACCCUAUUAAAAUAAAUACACUGGUUCACAUAUUAACACGCCAUCUUGAAAUUGGUAUAUUAAAGUCGUUUCUAGUUCCUUGAUUUAAUUUUAUCCUUUUCGUAAAGAAAGCUUAAUCAUGUUAAUAUAAUUAUUAAAAAGAUAUUUUUUUCAAAAAUAAUUAACUAUACAUCAAUUAGUCAGUUUAGCAGAUUGGCUAAUAUUUCUGGCACAUUUUAUUGGUCCUACACAUCCUACUGGCGAGUUUAUUAAGAAAUUAUGGUGCUUCAUUUCCAUCUCUUCAAGUUAUCUAGGAAUGGAUUUCUGGUCCCACUAAAAUGGUUGAUUGGGUCAAGAUUCUAAAUGUCAUCUGAUGUCUAGUUACUCACGCACUAUCGAGCGCUGUGAUGUAAUGUCUAGCAAGAAUUUGUCUCAAAUGUAGAGACCAAGUGGAAAUAUUUAUAGAGUAAAACCACACAAUGGCAAAUGCCAUGGAGAACUUAGGAAGCAAAGCUUCCUCAGAACAUGACGCCUCUUUGGAAUGCACUCUAUGGGAAGUGCACUGCUAGGCCAAUCGUUAAGCUAGCCCUCUCCGAAUGAAAACAUGAACUAAUGAAUUAAUUUGUGCUGUAAUAUCUUUGGCUUAUGAACCUAAGACAAUUAUGAGUCCAGUUCCUCAUAGCAUAAUAGAGUAUAACCAUUUGUUUUGUGAUAAACACAGAGCCUACUACCAUUUUGAUAAGAGUGUAAGAGCUCUUAUAGUAAAACAAUCCAUUAAAUUAUUGGGACACUAACUUUGACCUUACAAUGAUUAAGAUACUUAAAUAGAUAUUUAAAGGUAAAAACGGAGUUAUUCCUAUUGAACUUACUAUCACUAUAAUUGUUUUAUGAUUUCAUCUUAAUUAAAAAAAUUAGAUGCAGUGCGUAAUUGUUAUAUAAAUUGAGUGGUAUGUUCAUUUUGUCAACUAGUGUAUUAAAAAUAUUUUGAAGAAAGUGCCUGACUUUAAUGGAACUUAUUUUGUGAGAUUGUAAAUAAUAUAUCAAAUCUGUAUAAUUUUUAUUGUAUAUAUGUAAGUAUAUAAUACAUGGAUAAGUGGGUUACUUAAUUAACAAAAUCGUAUUAAGAAUUUUUAAUGAAAAAUAAACUGUAUACAUUUUAUUUAGGAUUAAAUUAGGAACCAAUACAAGCAAAUAAACAGAAUUUUGGCACAAAAGAUAAUUGACAAAAAAGUUUUAUAACUUAUUUCUAGAGUUAUAGUCUUCUUUCAAAGAAAAUGAAUUAGCUUACUGAUAUCUGAGACUAUUGUUAUGAAAACAUUCAUAUUUGUUAGUAUGAACAAUUAUAUGUGUAAUAUUUUUUAGCAAUUUAAAACACCUGCUGUCUCUGAAAACACCUGUUAUAUUGGACACUUAAUCUCUUUAAUUGGAUAACUAUUAUUGACGUAUAAAAUAUCCUCUUUUUGUAAUAUAAACCUAAAUAGCAUCAUUGCUUGAUGAUUCAACCCUGUAAAUAAAAACUAUUAUAAUAGAUUAACUCCAUAACAAUUUUGAAAAUAAACUAAGAAACUGUGAAAUCAUUUGUAUAUUGCAUAUAUGAAGAUUGGUUAAUCCUAACUUUAAUUCGAACUUAUUGUAUAUAUAUUGUAUGUAACAACACAAUUUAAGUUAAAGUGCAUCUGACUAAAAAAAAUCUUGAUUUCUUUUUUGGAUGUACAUUGUAAUCCUACAGGUUUUAUUCAUAAAUAUAUAAAGCUAUUAAAUAUUAUGUAUUAACAAUUCUAUAAAUAGUUAAAAAUGGAUAAUGUAGAAGUAUAUAUAAUUAUCAUUGGCUUGUGAGUAAUCCUAAAAAGGUUUUUUUAAUAUUGAUCGCCCAGAAGAAUUAUGCAAUUGAGCUAUUGGUGUACUAUAGAUGAAUACCACCAUAUUUGCACAGUAAUACUUACAAUUAAAAACAAACAUAAAAAAUUUCCACAAUUUUGUAAUUAUUAAUUAAAGAUAAGGGAUAUAAUUUUGUUUUAGUUCAUGUAUUAAAGAAAAUAAAUAUAUUACAACAUGAAGUGGUUUUAACAUAGUGCAAUAAUUUUCCAAGGAAAUCUAAUGUUUGUCUCGACUUAACUCCAACAGUUAUAUUGACUUCACAAUUCGAAGUAUUCGUAUUUUAUACAAGUUGACUGAAUAUACUGUGGAUUAACUGUUAAGGUUGUAAGUGUUUGGACCCUUGCAACCUGUUUGUAUUCAUACAAACACAAGUGUUCAUUAAAAGUUGGAAAAUAAAAUAUAGUUAACUAUUUCUAAUAAUAGUAAAUGUAUAAAAAGUGUAUACUGAUAUAAAUCCAGAACUUAAUCAUUUAGAUCAGAUUAACAGGUACUGUUUAAACACUGAAGUAUGUUUAAAAUAUUUAAAGCCAGAUUAUAUUUAUAACAUGUUAUGUUAUAAAUAGAUAUAUACUUGAAUAAAUAUUAUAUUUAUAAUGACAAAGAUAACAUGUUUUAAUUAUUCAUAAUAAAUUUCUACAAGAUAUAUACUGAAAAUAUCCAUAACAUUAGUUUUAUAGCUUUAGAUACAGAUAUACGUAUAUUUUUUUUAUCCUUGUAAUUUCUAAAUAAUUUGAUAAAAGUAUUACAUUUAAUAAUGUAAUAAUUGAAUUUUAGUAUCUACUUGUCAUUCAUUAAGUCUUUAAUAAUUGUGCUCAACAUAUCAUGUAACUUAUAUAUUAUCACAUUGAUCACAGCAAUUUUAAUUAACUUACUAGAACAAAUCAAAAUAACAUAUUUAUAGGGAUAUAAUAAAAACUUAUAAAAGUUCUCUUUUAUAAUGUUUCCUAUGCCAUAAAAAAUUAUUUUUAAUUUAAGGAAAACCAAAUCAAAUAUUUUUUUAUCAGUAUUUAGCUUUGCAUAUUAUACCGCAAGUUAUAAUUAAAGUUUUAUUAUAAUUAAAUAGCACAAUAUGUAAUUCUGCAUAUAUUUUAGAAUUGAUAAAUCUUUCUUAUUUUUAUUAAUUUGAGAUUUUAAAAUUAGAUAUUCUAAAUAGUAAAUAAGCAAUUAAUUACAGGAUGUUUUAUAAAUUUGAUGUAGAAGGGUAAGUUAGCAGGGUGAUUUCUAAAUAUUUUUGUCUCCAUAUUAAAAAACAAAUGCUUGGUAUAGUAAAAAUAUCCAAGUCAAAACGAAUUCCUUUACUUAAGCAACUUCACUAUAUUACAUUUUUUAUUAAGUAAAGUAAAUCUUUAACAAACACUUUUUUUUGCAUUUAAAACUCAGAACUAAUUUGAAGUUUUUGCUAUUCAUUUCUAUGGUCUUAAAGGAGAUAUCUUGACACAACAUUCCUCUUUUAUUUUCUGUUUUGAUAAAUAAAAAUGUCUUACAUUAAUGUUAUUAGUAUUGAUAUAUCCUCAUCUUAUCAAAGAAUGAACAUAAUUAACACAAAAAUAAAAAUCAUAUAUAUAUAUAACUAAUGGUAAAUUUCAUAAUGCUGAUUGGUUAUAUGACCAAAGUUAAUUAUUAUCAAGAUCAAAAAAGAUAUAAUCAACGUGAACUAUAAAAUUAAGUACUACAAUAAAAUAAUUCAUGAGCAAUUUAUAUAGGAUAUGAAAUCAAUUAUUUAACAAAUAAUACUCCAUUCUUUAAUAGUAACAUCUUUAUAUUGUGAUACAGUGAUUUUUAAAAAAUCUUACUGGUAACUAUUUAAAUAAACUGUUGUAAAUUUAAAAUCCAUGCAUAUCUUUACAUUCAGCAUAAAUAAAAUAAUUUAGCUAUAUGUUUAUGCACAAUUAAUGUACGUUAUACUAGAACAUCAAUUGUCAUAUUAAUGAAUUUACAUUACUGAAUUGCUCAUAAGUAGCAAAUUAGAAUCCUGUCUGGCCCCUCCCUUUUAUAAUGAACAAAGCAAUUUUUUUUUAUUUUACUAAAAAGUAGAAGUCAACUUAUAACAAUUUUUCUGUUACACAUUUAAUUAUCGCUAUUAUUUUUUAUUGUAGGGAUAAAUGUAAAGAAAUGUAUAUAAAUACAUAUUUCAAUCUCAAUUAAAUUUUUAGGAAACACUAAUAAAUAAUUAAUGAAAAACAUUUUUUUUUUAAAUAAAACGGCAGCAGUUAAAUUUUGUUUUCUACUUUUCAAAAAUUUAAAGCAUAUUAAAAAUUAAAAAAAAGUUUCACGUCUUUAACUAAUAAAAAGUGAUUUCAUUGAUUUAAUUCAUACCGAAACAGCGAUGUUAUAGUGUUUUAAUAUGUUUUCCCUUUAAUUUAAACCUAUGUUGGUAAUGGCCCACAUGUAUAAUAGUACUUAAUUGUUUGUAAAUAUAUUAAUUUAUAUUUUAUACUUAUGGCCAUUUAUAGUCACUUAAAUUGAUGACUAGAACAGUUAUAUUAUCCAAUGAUCCUCUGUAGUAAGACUGAAGAGUGAUGGAUUUGGCACCAAAGUGAGGCUCAUGAAGGCGUGUCCUAGAGAACAAUAUGAAUAUUUAAACAACAUAAGAAUUUAUUUACGAUACUAUCAUAAUUUAUAUAUAAUUUAUAGGGGCCGCAGUGGUCGAGUGAGUUAAGGCGCCUGCAAAAAUUUUAUAACAAGUGCUCAAAUCCCGUUUGCGGGAAAUAAUAACACAGACCUACAAAACUGAUAAUUAAUAAUAAAUUAAAAUAAUUAAGUGUAUGCCCUACUCGACUUCUUAGACCACUACGGCACGGGUUCAAUUUCGGCACGGAGGUGGUAAUGUCCCCACCCUGAAAUUCAUAGGGAGGUGAGCGACCCCUAUGUCUUAAACCAUAGCUCCUGGUCCUACAGGUUGGGAAUUGGGUAUAGAGCUGAUAACCCCCUAGCCCAUAAAAUACUGGGUAGAAGAUUUAAGCAAAAGAUUGCCAACCAUCCUGCUGAAGGAGGAGUGAAAUGUGAUCAUGUCCGGUUAGUAAACAAUGUGUUUCCUGAAUAUCUCGAAGAGAGAACGAAACGAUCACUACUGUCACCUAUAACAGUCCCAAGCUGCUGAGGAAGACUCCUGAUUUAAAAAGUCUCAAAGUCAAAAGGUAUAGGGAAAAAAAUGUAUAACAGAAACAUAUUUUAGAUGGCUAACAAUUUUGUAGCUAAAUAUUAGGUUGUCCCAUAAGUUCUUUCUCUUUUCUUUACUUGUUUAAAGUUGAUUUACUGUUAUGCAUUGUAUUACUGUGUUUUAUAUAUGAACUGUUCUCCCUAUUAUCUUCUUCCAUUUCUCAGGAAGCCUGUUAUGCCCUUUUCUAAAAUGUUAGUUAACUUUAUUUAUUUAUUAAAAUCUUCAAACUAAUUAUAAAAUGCCAAAUUUAUUAUUUUAAUGUUCAAAAAUUUCAUUUAAACAAGUAAUCCUGCCUGUUAAUUACAUUACCAAAAAUUCUAUGCUACUGGAUAUUAUGAUGAAAGUUGAUUGGUUACUGAGCCCUACAUGUGGUAUUAUUUGAUGUAAAAUAUGUUAAUUCUGGCAUUAAAAAUUUAAUUUAUUUAAUAUACAAUCUGGAAAUAAAGGUUUACUAAUUUAAUGAUAAAAUAAAUAUGCUCCAAAAUAAAAAUUAGCUUGAAACCCAAUCAUGAAAUCAAUCAGACAGCAGUCAUUUAAAAUUAUGAUCACAAGGAGACAAAGAAAUUUGGAAAAGAAAAACUCUUCAGUGAAUUUUUGAAUUUGCUCAUUCACAUCAAGUGAGUGAAUUUAUUCAUUUAAAGUGGUAUUAAGUGACUAGAAGAUUAUUAUUCAUUGAAGAAGAAAUAAGAGACAAUUGUGUUAAUGUAUAGUUGCUUUGGUCGAGGUAAGGAGAGCCAGUAAAACAAUUGUUCAUAUUUGUUUUUUUUCAUUGAUUAAUAAAUUAAUAAUAUUGUUAGGGGUUUAUUCGUUUUAGAUUUUCUACUUAAUAUAGGGCAAAAAAUACUAUAUUAUAUAAUAGUAUAUAUAUAUAUAUUUUCUGUUGGUGCUAUAGAUCUUAUAGAUGUUUUAGCCUUCUCCAUCUUUGCCUAUUGCUUUCCAGCUUCCUUUAUGCAACUCUGCAGCAUCUUUGUUAAUUUUAUCUAUCCAUCUGGUAGUAGACUUUCCACGUGAUCUCUUGUCUCCUAGAAUACUAUUAAGGCAAUAAUUAUUGUAAAGAGGCUACUCUGACGGUUUGCUCUAAGUGACAUGCUGAACCCAUCUUAACCUCCUUGCCUUCCUAUCAUGAGGUAUUCAUUGAUCAGUUUCUGUAAGCAGUUUUUUAUUUGUUCUUACAUGCUUUAAUACUAUGAUUCCAGAUCACUCCGGUUAUCAUGCAGAGGAUUUGCUUUCCAAAUCUUUCAUCAAUACUUCUUACUAGGGUGUUCUUAAGAGUUCAGGUCAUGCAGCCUUAAAUUAGUACCGACUUUCUUGUAACAUUGUACACCCUUCAUUUGAUUUUUUGGGAUUUCAAUAUCUUUUAAAGAUGAAGAAAGCUCCAUUUUCACUUCUUACAUGCUAUUUUAUUUCUCGACUGCUGGUUAUUUAUUGAGGUUAUGACGGUGAAGAGAUAUCUGAACCUGCCCUGCCUACUCUGGGGAAUGAUUUUUCUUCAUAGAUCCUGUAUAAAUAAUUUAAUUAUUAAUAUUUAUAUAAAUUUUUAUUAAAAGGUGGACACAGCGAAUUAGAACCUAUAAACCCAGUUAAAAGCAGUACUUUUUUCUUCUUAAAUUAUUCUCUCUCUUUUCGGUUCUUUAAAUUCGAUGAAAACCCAAUUAAAAAAAAUGACAAGCUUUUAGACAUGUAAAUAUGUAAAAUAAAUUAUACUUUAUAUAUGAAGAACAAACUUGUUUUGGCUAUUGAUUAUUAUAUAGGAUCUCAAUAUAAGUAUUAUAUUUAAUUAAUAUACAAUUAAUUUUUUUAAUAAAAAAAAUCCCAUUAAACCCAUCAUGUGUUAAACUGGUAUAACAGGAACAUUUUUUGGUCCCAUAUUUGUUAGGUUACUAUUUUACAGUAAUCCAAAACAGUAAAGGGGAUUGUAACUACGGUCAGUUGUAAACGUAAAAUUUGUGUUUAUUUAGAUAAUUAUUUCUUAGAAAGAAGUGUAUAUAAUAGAGAUGACAGCUGAUGAACAUUUUCCUUCCUUAAAAGCUACAUAAUAUAAAAAAAUAAUAUUGAAAUACAAUGAGAGCAGAUUUUAUUUCUCUGAUUACUGAUAAGUCAGUGCAGGCAUAGCCGCAAUGUCGGAACUACUAAACAAAAUUUUUACCAAUAAAAGAAGAACAAAUAAAAUACUAAAAUGAAUUUAGUUAGUUAAAAUGAAUGAAGUUCUAACUUAAAUAUUCCUACCUUAUAAAUGAAACAACCUCUUCAUUAGAAAAUGUGUCCCAUAAACCAUCUGAGGCCAGAACGAUAAAUUCAGGUUUAUGGUCACCCAAUUCAAAAGUGAGUAUAUCAGGAUCAGCUAUGACUAGUUUUCUAUCCUUUAAAGGAUAAUCUCCAAGUGCUCGAGAUGUAGCAAGGAUUCCAGCAACACGCCAAACACCGUUAAAACUUACACUGCCACCAGCUUCUUCGAUGCGUUUUUUCUCUCGACUCUAUAAAACGUGAUAAACAUAAAAAGUGUAUAGAAAUGGAACUUAUAAACUUUAUAUUAGAAUGGAGUUAUAGAAAAACAUUUCAAAUGAAAUGAUGAAUCAAAAUAAUUAACUAAGGAAUUACUAAAAUUUAAAACAUUGGAAACCCAUGGCAAAAACUUAUCAAAAAAAUAAUUCUAGAAGAGGUUCUUGACUUCAUUGGACAGUUCAGCCACUUCACAUCUGAAUUUUCUUAAAACUUAAUGGCAAAAAAAAAAUUGCCUAUUCUUAAGAAUGGUUCAACACACAUUUCAUCAGGGAUGGCCAUCAAUAGUUGGUAUCAUCAAAAUUUUUCUUUCUAUAUUUGAUACUUUAUCAUCGAUAGUAUCUACUUCGAUACAACGAUAGUAACCGAAAAUGAUAGUUUUAAUUUAAAAAUUAAAAUUAAAACUAUCGUUUUCGGAAAGUGGAAAGUCUUGCCUGUUUCGUAUAGAAUGUAGUGCUUAGUAGAGGAAAACAUUAAUAUUUCGAUUAUAUUGAUUAUCGAAGGUCAUCCCUAAGUAGAGCUGAAUAGCGCGUGCAGGACCCUUCUCAAUUGGUAAAUUCAAUCUGCCCAAAUUUGUUAGUUAGAACCUCCUCAAACCAAGACCAUGAAUUGUGAAAGAAAUCUACAUAGGAUGCAAAUAAAUUAGCAUUUCGCUGAACCAGAUCAACAGGUGAACGGAAAGUAAAUUUGGUUGAAUGUAAAUUUCUAGAAAAAAUCUAAGGAUGACGAAGAUGGACAGAAACUAGAAAAUUAAUUUUACUAAGGAGAUUAGAAGGAUUGAUAUAUCCAUUAAUUAUUUUAAAGAGAAAAAUAACAUCUUUUUUGAUGCGCCUAUGUGCUAGAGAAUCAAUAUUUUUUAUAUUUCAAAUCUGAUAAAUGUUUAUAAUAUCAAUGAAAAUAUUGACUAUUAAUAUUUCAAGUAAGAUAUUUUGAUGGUAUCUUGGAUGGAAUAUAUUGGAUGUCCAUGUAUGAUUUCUCUACAGCCUCAGUUGUUACAGCUACAGUUGUCCUCAAUGGUUUGUAUUCUUUCUUUGAGGAAUCUUAUCUUCUCUUUCUGGCAAGCUUAUUCAGUUAUUUGUUUUCCUGACAGCUGUAUAAUGGUCCAGAGUAGCUUGAUCAGUUUUGGUUAGGCAGGCGACUUUUUAUUUUUUCCUCCACUGCUAAUUUGCAUGCUUUUGUGAAACAAUUCUUGGUUUUUGAAUUUGUAUUACUUCCUUAAGUGUUUUCUUUUAUCUUUCAGCCCUGUGUUAAUCCACCCCGAGACCCUGAGAGUGCAAGUGUUAAUAAGUAAAAGUUGUGUGAUGUGCACACUGCACCAGAUUUUUUAUUUCUAUAAUAAUAAAAAACAAUGCAAAAGCAAAAAUUAAUAAUAUAAUUUUUUAUUGGAAAUAAUAUAUUAUUUUUUUUUUUAAACCAAAUUAUAUAAAUAAAUUUGGUUAAAAUCGGUGAUCCACUAACUGUGACCUCCUCAUGUUAGUUUAUUUUGCACCUAUGUAAAUGAUGGUAAAUGUUGCAUUUACUAAAGAGUUAAAGAUAAGGUUAUAGUUAUUUAAUUAUAAGAGAUCAAAUACCACUUUAUCAAUAAAAAAAUUGAAACAAAAGCUAUAACUUUUAUAUUAUUUUUUGCCUGACUAAGCGAAGCAAAACGAGGAUUAUGUGUUUGCAUCGUUCGCUAUAAGCUAUGUAACGCCUUUUGGAGCGAUUGGCUGAAUCAAUUUUUAUGUUUGAUGGCUCAAAUUAUUUGGGGAGAUCCCCUGAGUGUUUUGAAACAAUUUGACUUAAAAAUACUUAUGUUAUUAAAUAAAAUAAGUUUAAUCAAUUUGCAAAAAGGUUUGUAACACUGUUUUGAGUGAACGGUUAGAUAGAUUUUAAGUUUGAUGGCUCAAGUUAUGCGAUGUGAUUCCCUGAGUGUUUUGAAAUGAUGUACUUGACCUGUUGUUAAAUAGAAUGUGUUUAAGUGAUUUGCUAGAAGGUACAUAACGAUUUUUCGAGCAAACGUCUAGGUAGAUUUUUAUGUUUGGUAUCUUAAAUUGUUCGGUGAGAUUCCCUGAGUGUUUUGAAAGCAAAGCAACGCAAAUGUUAUGUGUUUGUGUUGUCCGCUGAAAGGGAUGUAACAAUUAUUGAGCGAAUGGAUGAAUUCGGAUGGAUAGUUUAAGUUUGAUAUCUCAAAAUAUUCAGAUCUCAUGAGUGUUUUUGAGAAAAAAAAGUUGUUGGGAUUCAGAUGUUUACAUGCACCGAUACAUGGGACAAAAUUUAUUUGCCUGGAGCCGUAAUGUGUCAUGAAAGGCCACCUGGCUAUUACACCAAGUUUAAAUAUUCGUAUAUGUUAAUCUCCAUAUCAAUCUACUCAUGAUUUUUAAGUAAAGAUGAAAGUACAUUCUCUUAAGGUGGAUAGAAUUUUCCAAUUUCUGUAGUCGGUUUUUUUUUUUAAUUCAAAUAUUUUAUACUCACCUGUUGAGGUUUAUGAUCAAAAGACAGUGGUAUAGCUUUCCCUUUAGAAUUACACAUCACACCUCUUGAAUCACCAACAUUAGCAACUAUUAACUUUGAACCUUCCAUUACAGCUAUCAGGGCAGUGGUUC